UCUACGAUCUAAUGGAUACAUGCUUUCGCAGUUGACUGCGUCAGGGAUCCUUGCCCUACUUCCACCGACCUCCCGCCCUCGCAAUCGUCGUAACUAUGGCGACCGCGAGAUGAUCGUCGCUUCCCGUCUCCUCAAGCGAAUUCAUCUCGCUUUAUACCUGAGACCGCGAAGUCCUUCUUCAAGAACCUUAAUUCCACCUCACGAAGGAUUCGAUCGUCCUCCUUCUCGUCGCUACGGGGCUGCCAUGUCCAUCAAUCUUCGAUCUCACGCCUUCGCCGGAAAUCCGCUGAGAUCCAGCCACCCCAAGUCGGAGGGAUCGUCCUCCCCCGGUUCCGCCCUUGACGCCCUCAAAUCCCUCCUCUCCGGUUCGGCCGAUGGGUCCUCGGAAGUUGCCAGGGUGUUGCCUUUCAAAAAGGGCAGACCUUUGGCCCGCUCCGUCGACUCCACGUCGGGUUCGGCGCCAAGGUGGAAUCUUGGGUGGGUUUCUGCCGCGAAGUUUGGGGACUUAGCGGCCGAAUCCUUCGUCUACUUGGGUUCGGGCCCCGUGGAGGAAGCCGGCACCGUUUAUUGGGCGGUUGACGUCUCUGACGCGGGCAAUGUUGAGCUGGGAGGCGGCGGCAAUGGGUUGUGCUUCGUGGAGUUGAGGACGUUGAUGGUUGCUACCGAUUGGGCCGAUGCGGAUGCGAUGGGGGAGCUGGCCAUUGCCGGACAUGCACGAUCACUGCUAGAGUGGCACGAUGUGUCACGUUUUUGUGGGCACUGUGGAGCUCGCACAGUUUCCACCGAUGCAGGGAGGCGGAAGCAAUGCACGAAUGGGUCCUGCAAGAAGAGAAUUUAUCCGCGAGUUGAUCCUGUGGUCAUUAUGCUCGUGAUUGACAAGGAGAAUGAUCGUGCACUGUUGAGCCACCAAUCGAGGUUUGUGCCCCGCAUGUGGAGUUGUCUUGCUGGUUUUAUAGAGCCAGGAGAGAGCUUAGAAGAGGCAGUAAGAAGAGAAACUAGGGAAGAGACUGGUAUUGAAGUGGGUGAAGUUGUUUACCACAGCUCACAGCCAUGGCCUGUUGGGCCUAGCAGUAUGCCAAGUCAGUUGAUGGUGGGGUUCUUUGCAUAUGCCAAAUCAUUUGAUAUUCAUGUGGACAAGGUGGAGCUAGAAGAUGCUCAGUGGCACAAAAGAGAGGAUGUCAAAAAGGCACUUACUUUUGCCGAAUAUGAGAAAGCUCAAAAGACAGCUGCCUUGAAGGUCAACCAAAUGUGCGGGGGUGUCGAGAGAGGUCAGAACUUCUCUUCAGACUUUAACGUGGAAAGUGGAGAACUCGCACCAAUGUUCGUUCCUGGACCCUAUGCGAUCGCUCAUCAUUUGAUAUCUUCAUGGGUUCAUGAAGGUGCAAAUUGCAACCAUGGGCUAGCUAAGCAAUUAAAUUCUCUGUCCAACUUAUGAUUCUGCUGAUUAUUUCCCUGGUCUUUUCUUCUAAAUAGAAUCUAUCCAGAUGCAACUAUACCAAUUGUGCACCAAUAUCACUAGAUCCAUUGGUACAUGUGUCCUCUUUUGUAUUAACCUUAUGGAUGUUUCAAAUCUGUUUCUCCAAUGCAUCAUGUGUUCUAGAAGUCAUAUGUUCUUUGUACCCCAGGUUUGUACCUGGAAAAUAAUUGGCAAGUGCAUCAUGCUAUUUAAUCUUUGCAAAGACAGUUUCUGGGAA